GAAAAGUUGAAUUUUGUUACAGAAAUAAUUCGACAUCUAAAUGCUAAUAAAUUGUAAAACGAAUGUGCUAGUGUGCUGGUAAUAUUCAACAAUAAAACUGUGAGCAAUGUCACAAACAGCAGAUAAUCUAAGUCUGGCAACGCUGCCCGAUAAUGGUCGCAAGCGCGCCUUGUCGAAUGCUUCGCUCUCGUCAACACGCCCGGAACCAAAAUCCAUUAUUGAGAUCCGCAUAUCGAAUGAAAGCUGCAGCAGCAAUAAGCGUGCUAAUUUGGAACAACAACAACCGCAACAACAAGCACAAGCAGAUGAUGCAACAAGUGGAAGGGGCAACAUGGAACAACAGCAGCCGAAGCUACAAGAAAGCAAUGCCAUUGAACUGACCGCUGAAGAGCAGCAGCUGGAUCAAGAAUAUCGCGCCAAUUGUAGCAUCUUCUUGCAGCACUUGCCUUGCUUUAAGCUGCAGGAAUCCAAGACCCCGAAGUGCCGCGAGUGUCGUCGUCGUCAUGGGCUGCAAGCUGCCACACUAAGCAGCGGCAACAUUAGCAGCAGCAACAACAACAGCAGUAACAGUAAUAACAAUGACAUCUACUGUCGAUUCUACGAGUUUCGUCGUCUGCAGUACAACGAGGCAGGAGAACUGAGCGUGGCAGGCUUUCCCAAUCCGUAUCAGGAGCCGACCAGCGAUGAUUAUAGCAUUUGGCAGCCCGACGGUAAAACGGCGCCUACAGCGGGCUAUAUGGAUAUCCAAGUAUGUCGCUACAUUUUGCUGCAUGCUGGCGAUCAGUUUUGCUACUUGUGGCGCCAGGAGGCGGAGGCGUUGAAGCUGCACGAGAAUCCCGAUGGCACGAUUGCAUGGAAGAAGGCGGUGCAAGGGAUUCGAGAGAUAUGCGAUGUGUGUGACACUACGCUCUUCAAUUAUCACUGGACGUGCAACAAGUGCGGCUUUGGUGUGUGCAUCGAUUGCUUCAAGGAUCGCAAGGAAGGACUGCAGGUGAAGCGGCGCAUUGAGACCCAACGUGGAAACGACGAGCAUCAAUGGUUGCUCUGCACCGACGAAAAGCAGCAGAAGCAUUCGCUGUCGGAACUGAUGUUGACCCAAAUCAUAGCUGGGGAUGCACUUAAUGUGCUUGGACGUUUGUUGCACGAGGUACGCAUGCUGUGGCAGGUGCCGCAGGUUUGCGGCUGUUUGCUAAGCAAGCAGCAGGUCAAGGACGAGGAUCUGACUCAGUUUAUUGAGGAUAUGAUCAAGGAGUCGCAGCUAAAACAACAGACGAGCGCCUCCUCCCUGGCAACGGCGCAAACACUGCAACAACAGCAACGUUUGGAGCUGUUGCAUGCCAAGAAAUUGGAGUUUGCUCGGCAGCAUGGCAUUGACUAUGUACCAGGGCGUGUGUGGACCAAGGAGACACUCGGCAAGGAUCCCAUAACGAGCGCUUUUGACAAUUUCAAGCACAUUAACUUUUUGCGCAAAGGUCUCGCGGGAUUGCGUCGUUUCCUGCCACCACGUGCCAUGACGCUGGCACACUCGACGCAACUGGCGCCUGGCGUGCCACACGAGUGGCUCUGUGAUGGCAAACUGUUGCGUCUCACGGACCCCAUGCAUCCGGACAAUCGCGUGCUUUACCAGGAGGUGUGGAAAUGUGGACAGCCUGUGAUGAUCUCGGAAGUGGCGCGAUCACUCAAUUUGGAUUUGUGGCAUCCGCAGGCGUUUUGUCGCGACUUUGGCGAUAAGCCCAACGAUUUGAUCAAUUGUCUCAAUGGCAAUCUGGUGCCCAAUCAACCAAUGCGUCACUUCUGGGAGGGAUUUCAAUGCAUGCAUAAGCGUCUGCUGGAUGCCAAUGGCAAGCCCAUGCUUCUCAAGCUAAAGGAUUGGCCACCAGGCGAUGAUUUCGCCGAGAUCUUGCCCACACGUUUUGCGGAUCUGAUGCGUGGAUUACCCAUGCCGGAGUAUACUUUGCGCACCGGCAAUCUUAACAUUGCCAGCUGCUUGCCCAAGAUGUUUGUGCCACCUGAUUUGGGGCCCAAAAUGUACAAUGCCUAUGGCUCGGCACUGCAUCCGGAUAAAGGCACCACCAACUUGCAUCUGGACAUCUCAGAUGCCGUCAAUAUUAUGGUCUAUGUGGGCAUCCCCACAGAUGAGGAUAGCAAGCCACAGCUGGCGGCCACUCAGCGUGCUAUUGCCUUGGGUGGCUGUGAUUAUAUCACGCGAGCACGCUGCCAAUCGCCGGAUGUGUUGCCAGGCGCAUUGUGGCACAUUUUUCCGGCACGCGAUGCGGACAAAAUACGUGAUCUGCUGAAUCGCGUCACCUUGGAGAAAGGCUUUCGCCUCGAACCGGAUCAUGAUCCCAUACAUGAUCAGAAUUGGUAUCUGGAUGAUAAGUUGCGUGCUCGUUUGUUCAAGGAGUACGGCGUGGAGGGUUAUCCCAUUGUCCAGUGUCUGGGCGACGCUGUUUUUAUACCAGCUGGUGCUCCGCAUCAGGUGCAGAAUCUCCAUAAUUGCAUCAAAGUUGCCGAGGAUUUUGUGUCGCCAGAGAAUAUUACGCAUUGCUAUCAUCUCACACACGAGUUCAGACGACUCUCGCACUCGCACACCAAUCAUGAGGAUAAGCUACAAAUUAAGAAUAUCAUCUAUCAUGCCAUCAAGGACUGCUGCACCAUUUUAACACGCGCGCUGGAGGAACGCAUUGACCAGGAAACUGCCAAGUUACAGAGCGGAGUUUGAAUGCUCUUAAGCUUAGAUAUUAUAUGCCACAACUCAUAAUCUGUGCGCUAUUCAAACCAAUCAUGUAUUACCAUAAGUACUUAAUAUAUUAAUAAAAGUAACCGAGUCUUUCCUGAAUGGAAGC